AUGAGAACCUUCCGAUAUGUGGCGUUGCUCGCAGCGGCGUCGUUUCUUUUGCUUCUGUACUACAUCUACCGAGUUGGGGACCGGCCCAAUUUGGGCGAGCAGGAUUCGGCUGACCGUCUCCCAAAUGGGCAAUCAAAGGCUGAUAUUAGAAGAAAAUCUUAUUCUAGUUCAUCGAAUGGCACCGAGAUCUCGGUGGUGGUGGUGGCAUGCAACGAAAGGCACAACGAAGCCCUCAAUAUGAUCAAGUCGGCAAUAAUGUUUAAUCGCAACCUAUACCCGCUACGCUUUGUGGUGAUAGCCGAGGAGAAGCUGAAACUAAAUUUCAUGGAAAAGUUGAAUGAUUGGCAAGAAAUGACCGACCGAAUAUUUACCUACGAAAUCCAUUCCCUAACAUUUCCUCGGGCCAAUAAGGAUGAAUGGAGGAAACUGUUUAAACCUUGCGCUGCGCAAAGACUGUUCCUGCCGUCACUAUUGCAACAUUUGGAUGCAGUGCUGUACGUAGAUUCCGAUACCGUAUUUCUGUCGCCAGUACAGGAAAUAUGGGCCAUGUUUCAGAGCUUCAACGCAACUCAGUUCGCGGGCAUGGCACCGGAGCAUGAAGAUACGAAUGCCGGAUGGUACAAUCGUUUCGCACGGCAUCCCUACUACGGAGAGCUAGGAGUGAACUCAGGUGUCAUGCUGAUGAACCUUACGCGAAUGCGAGACUUUCGCUGGGAGGAACACAUACUACCGAUAUAUCGCGAGUAUCGCUUACAGCUUGUGUGGGGCGAUCAGGAUAUACUGAACGUGUUGUUCCACUACAAUCCGGACCGGUUGUAUAUUUUUCCCUGCGAUUGGAACUAUCGCGCCGACCAUUGCAUGUACAUGAGCGUGUGCGAGGCUCCGGAUGGGGUGAAGAUCAUCCACGGCAAUAGAGGAUACUUCCAUUCGCGGGCACAGCCCAUUUUUAAUCUUAUCUACUCGACCAUCGAAGAGUUUACAUUUCGGACCGAUGUUUACAGCAACUUCAUACGCACAAUCGAAGAAUCGCUGGUGCUACCAAGCAACUCGAACUGUGAUAAACUGUUGGACAAAUUCUUGCAAGAUCCGCGCAAACAUUUCAAGGAGAAUCAAUACGAAGAGGUGACGUAG